UUCUGAUUUGGUGAAUGGCUAUUUUUUUGGUUCAAGGGAAGUAAUUUUAGUAAACAAACACUCAAAAAAUUUAUCCCAUCAGGGUAAAGUGAUGCACCAUGAUUGGUUCUAACAGAAUGACAGGUAUACAGACUCAAUCAACACCACCCUCUGUUGGCUCCUUCAGAGGGAUAUUAAUUGGAUGCACAGUUUUUAUUUGUGGGGAAAUCUUUGGAUUUGUUAUUGAAAAGGGAAGAGUAUUUGAACCAUCAGUUGUAGUUGAUCAAAUGUCAAUGAAGAGAUUUGUUAUGCUGAAGAUGUUUUUAUCAGCUGUAAUUUCAGGUAUGUUCUGUAUGUCUGUGUUGUCUAUGCUGCCAUUUACCAGACAGAAAUUUCUGAGUGCUAGACAGACUUUGGUGAAUGACUUACAAGGAAAAGGCUAUAUGACUGUGAUAUUAGGUGGUUUUAUCCUUGGAAUUGGAAUGGCAUUAGGUGGAACAUGUCCAGGUGUUGUAUUUGCUCAGCUUGGUACAGGUACACAGAAUGCUGUGUAUACACUACUUGGAACUUUAGCUGGGGCAUUGUUAUAUGGAGUCUUGGAACCAACAUUGAUGUCAUUAACUAAACCAAACAAACCAGUCAAAUAUCAGUUUCUAUUCCAUGUGUUAGGCUCCCCAUAUCAUACUUCAGCAAUUCCUGUGGCAGCCAUAUUAAGUGUUAUUGUCUUUACACUUGAAAUAGCUUAUCCCUGGGAUACUGAAGUCAAGGAUUCAGAGAGUACUAGCAUGUGGGAAGCAUCGAGUUGGCCACCAUUUUUCACUGGAUUGAUAGUUGGAAGUCUUGAGGUUCCAUUGAUCCUGAUAGUAGGUGGACUUCUGGGUGCUAGUAGCAGUUAUUGUACAGUGACAGCACAAGUUUUAAUGACAGACAAAAUGAAACAAAUAGUGCCAUAUCUUGUCAAAUUUAAAUCAGGAUUGGCUAAUUGGUGGCAAGUCGUGUUUGUUGUUGCAGCCAUCCAUGGAGCCAGUUUAUCAUCUCAAAUGUCGGGAACGUCUGGAACUAUAGAAGGCCAAUCAGCACUAAUGUCUUUCAUUGGGGGUGUAUUGAUUAUUGUUGGUGCAAGACUUGCCGAAGGCUGCACAAGUGGACAUGGGAUAUCUGGUAUGGGACUAUUAAAUAGCUUAUCUAUAGCAACUAUAAUGAGUAUGUUUAUUGGAGGAAUGUUAUCAGCCAGAUGUAUCCAAAUGUUGACUUAAAUAAUGUUAAAAAAUGUUUUGUUGUAUUUCUGAGUUUUGUAAUUUAUUUUGUUUUUCCUAAAGCUUAGUUUUGUAAAGACAUUUUUUAGGCAUUUUUGUAAAGUAAUUUUUCAUACUGCAUUUUUUUUAUAUAAAGUUUAUAUCAUAAAUAAACUUGUGAGAUGUUUUUGUAAACCAUACAUUUUUUGUAUUUGUUUUUACUUCACAGUAUAUAGACAGCACUCUAACUACACAAUAAAAUAAUUUGUUGUUUUAAUUUAUAAUUAUGUAUUAUUAGAAACAAGUAAAUUGUAUAUGUAAAUCAAUCAAUGACAAUCAAUCUGUAUCACUCAUCUGUGCAUAUAUCUCAACAGUGCCUGUAUAUGUUAUAUGUAUAUAUAAAAGUCCAUUUCAGAGGAAUAGGUAACAAUUAAAUCGUGCCAAAGAAAAUAGAUAUGUAUACCUCUGAAUUGCUUCACUAACCUCCAAAUGAAAAGUAGAAAAUUGAGAGGGACAAUUACGUUUUAAACCAGAACAAAAAAUAUGAAAUGAAAUUGCAUUCCUCCUCAUAUUUCACUUAAACAGAGAUUGAAAUUCAAUUAUUAUCCUACCUUCCAUAUUUAAAUGGAGAAUAUACUUUAAAAAUACCAUGAGUAAUACAUUUUAUCAUCAGAUUUGUGAAAGAAACUUCAGUGUAAUUGUGAAAUGAUAUAAUGAGCAGGGGAAAAAUUCUGAAAAGAUCAAACUAGUCACCUCCAUCAAAUAAAAGAAUUAAUAUAACUGACUUUAUAAAUUCAUCACAAUAUGCUUACAUUAUCAGAAAUUAUUAUUGAAAAUUACAACAAAAUCAACUGAAUAUAAAGUUAUACACUUUUUAUACUGGUGAAAAACUAUAACCAUUUACUUAUGCAUGAUAUAUUUGUUAUUUAUACUUUUUCUCAGGGAUUUAGUAUAUAAAUUUUGUGAUAAUGAAAUUUUAGAGGAGCUGUUUUCAAAGUAAGUGACAUUUUAUAAAUGAAUUACUCAAUCUUUCUAUUCAGGAAUAGAAGAUGGAUUUCUUUUCCAUGUUCUUGCAAAUGUUCUUUUGAGACUUCUUUAUUUAAAAAAAAUUACAUUUUAUAUUUCAUUAAGAACCAAAAAGUGUUCGUUUUUAACAAUUUAUUGAAGUACGGAUAAAUUGCUACCUUCAUGUAACUGGCAGCUAUAUAACCUACUUUAAUGUUUAAUCAUUUAUUCCAUGCUUUCUGAAACUACACUAUAUAUAGUGACAAUGUAAACAUUUUUUUUGUUUCAUUUGUUUGCUAGUUUGUGUGUUUGAUUGUCUUUAGCACUUUGUAUCAUGAUAUCUGACUUAAUAAGAGACUGGGUUUCGAUCUAUAAAAGACUUCUAUUUUUGGUAACUGUCUCAUUCUUUCCUUUUAUAGAUAACAAUACUGAAUAUUCUGGUUUCAUAUAUACUAUGGCUUUACACCUCAACUUCUAAAGUUUACCUGACAUUUAAUGAUAGCAGUAAGUCUUUUAUUUAUUUGAUUCUCACUAUUUAGCACAUGUGGUUAUAUAUCUAUUUUUUGUUUACACAUCCUUCCUGAUGAUCUUUCAAAUUAAAUGCACUUUCUUUUAGUUUUAAAGAGUAUCAA